AUGGAUGAGACCAUUUCCUUAAUCCUUCACGGAUGCAGGUUAGCUAAAGACCUUGAAUUAAACCUCGCAAACUUAGCCAACCAACCAGAAAUUCUUUCCAAUUCAUGUGAACAAAUCAUUAGGGCUUUUAUUGAUGCUAGGGAAAGGCUAAAUGUUCAUCAACAAGACGCCACUUCAUAUCCUCGUUAUAUGGGACAGCAAUUACAGCAACAACAGAAUAUUGAUCCCAGCGUACAGGAAUGGCUAAGGACUAGUUGCACAUCAGCCAUGGAGACGUUGUUUCAUCAAACACAGGACCUUAUGGCCGAGAGGAGUGGGUUGGGAUUGAUUGAGAGUAAGGUAGGUGGAGGGAUACAAAUGGGGUCUGGAGGUCUAGUUAUUGAAUUAGGUAGCAGAUCAGAUGUUCAGGCAAUGGAAGCAUCAGAUUCUGGCAGAGGUUCUUCAUCAUCCUCACAAAGACCGCGAAGAAGGAAGGAUGAUGCCGAGAAACAAACUGUGAGGGUACCUGCUCAACAGUUUGGCAAUACUGAAAUCCCACCAGAGGAUGGCUUCACAUGGAGGAAAUAUGGGCAGAAAGAGAUACUGGGAUCAAGGUUCCCGAGGGCUUACUACAGGUGCACCCACCAAAAGUUGUACCAUUGCCCAGCCAAGAAACAAGUUCAGCGACUCGAUGAUGAUCCCUACACAUUUGAGGUAGCAUACCGUGGCGGGCACACUUGCCACAUGUCUGCCACGGCACCAUCAGUUCCACCACCAGCACCAGAAAUUACACAGGAGAUGGCUCAAACUAUGACUGCUCAGCCUCAGCCAUCUGCAACAACUUCUCUUGCUAGAUGGCUGGAAUUUAGUCUGGGUUCUGGAGGUAGUGCUGGUGGCAGCAGCAGCAGCGGCAGCAUGGCUGCGGGGAGUAGUGGUGGUGCAGGUCCCUCCACCGUCAGUCGAUAUGGCAAAGAAGCUGAUUACCCAGUAACAGAUAUGGCUGAUGCCAUGUUUAAUUCCGGCAGCAGUAGCACCAAUAGCAUGGAAUUUAUUUUCCCUUCCAUCUUGGAAGAAAAAUGGGAUCCGCCAAGUGACAAAAAAAAUUGA